AUGGCAGAUAACUUAGAGCCUGCGGCCGAAGAAAAAGGCACAUCAAACGAUGUUGAACGACUUGAUACGCAAACUUCCUUCGCGCCCCCUCCGAUGCGAGUAUGGCAGCGACGACUGAUUGUUUUAUCACUAUGCUUAUCUCUAUUCCUGGGCGCGCUUGACAUCACUAUCAUUUCGACAGCCCUUCCGAGCAUCGCAGCGCAUCUUCAUGUGACAUCGCGAGAAUACGCGUGGAUUGGAAGUGGGUAUACCCUGGCUACAACCGCGUCUACUCCAGUCUGGGUCAAGCUUUCCGAUAUUUUUGGCAGGAAGCCUGCUAUCAUGGCUGCUGUGAUUAUCUUUAUGGUAGGCAGUCUCGUGAGCGCAUUGGCAAGCUCUAGCGUCUCGCUGCUUGCUGGCAGAGUCGUCCAGGGAUUAGGUGGUGGUGGAUCGAUAGUCCUCGUGACUGUUAUCAUUGGUGAUAUAUUUGCCCUCGCCGAACGUGCUAAAUACUAUGGUAUCACCGGUAUUGCUUUUGCAAUGGCCAGUGCUAUUGGGCCAGUUCUCGGUGGUGCAUUUACCGAUGGCAUCGGUUGGAGAUGGUGCUUCUAUAUCAAUCUACCUUUUGACGGAAUCGUUCUGGUUUUGCUCUAUUUCAAUCUCAAUGUUGAGAUUGAGAAGGAGUCACUGACUGAUGGGUUGAACAGUAUAGACUGGAUGGGCUUCCUGCUGAUCAUUGGAGGGACAAUUUGCUUUCUUUACGGCCUCGAAACUGGCUCCAGUGGUCUUCGUCCAUGGAAUUCUGCCACCGUGAUUCUCUUGAUUGUUUUUGGUGCCCUAAUUAUGGUUUUGUUCAUGGUCUGGGAGGCCAAGUUUGCCAAAAAGCCACUGAUUCCCGUUCGAAUCUUCCAGAAGAGCACCUCCCUCGCUUCAUUUACCGUUGCAUGUCUUCAUGCUUUCGUGUUCAUCUCAUUCGACUUCUUCCUACCCUUGUAUUAUCAAGUGGUCCUAGGCUUUAGACCUCUUAUCUCUGGAGUCACUCUAUUCGCCUUGAUCAUCCCAAUGUCAAUUUCGACCUUCUGUGGAGGUUUCUUCGUCAGAAAGACGGGGAAUUACCUUGCCAUGAUAUUCCUAGGAACCAGCUUGUUCACAUUGGGAACUGGUCUAUUCAUUGAUUUUGGUACGAGCAUUUCAUGGCCAAGGAUUAUCGUCUUUGAAGUCGUUGCCGGCGUCGGGGCCGGUCUACUUUUCCAGAGCCCUAUGAUUGCGUUACAGAGUCAUCUGCGACAGAGUGAUAUAUCGGCAGCGAUGUCCGCGUUUACUUUUCUUCGAAACCUGUCCACUUCGAUUUCGAUUGUGAUCGGGACAGUCGUGAUUCAACAGACCAUUGGCAGCGGUAGUCUGACCACUGUUAUUGACAAUGGUAGUUCAGGCGCUGCAAACAGGAAGCAAUAUGUCCUGGGGUUGCGGAAUAUGUGGAUCUUUUACACUUGUACAGCGUCCAUUACGAUUCUUGCCACUUUCUUCAUCAAGUCGAAGAAGACAAAGACAAAGGAUUUGCAAGAGCAAGUUUCGGAGCAAGUUUUAGACAGCUGA